UAUAUUGUGAAAAAAAAAUCCAAGAUGAACACUGCACUGGUAGCACUUUUAGUACUUGUUUGUUAUUUACAGAUGUGCCAAAUCCAGUCCAUACGGGCACGGUGCUACCGCAGUCACGUGUGUGGUAUCAAUAAAAGGACGUACAGAAAUGAAUGUACUGCUAAUCGAAGAGGUAUCAAGGUGGCCUGCAAGGGAAGGUGUCCUUGUAAGCCGAAAUGCCCCUGUAGAAACACUUAUCAACCAGUAUGCGGAUGGAAUGGUAGAACCUACAGCAAUAGAUGUCAGGCAUUAUGCGUAAGAGUGACAGUUCGCUGUUUGUGGCCUUGUCCUUGCUUUGUUUUCCAUAAGUGA